CUUAAUUUCAGGUUAAGUAAUUUCAGUCGUAUAAACACAAAGUUCAAUAAUUUAAAUCUGACAAUACAUAUAUCUAGCCAAAAGGUAACUCCUUUUGAUACAAAUGAAUAUGUUCACGAUGAAUCUCCAUUGUGAAUAACCUCAUUAUUUCCAGAAACAGGUAUCAGCGAAAAAUCAGCGGAGUAACAUUUAUCUGCAGGUUUAAUUAAUUUCAUUCUGAUUAACAACGUUUUCGGUUCGUUAAUAUAAUUGGGUCAUUAGAUAACGCUUUCGAAACUGUAGCCGCGAGUAACCUAAAGCGUCCGUGGAGCGGAUGAACGACACUGAUUAUACGCUGAAAAUAAACGAAGGCGACAGAAAAAAAGAGAGAAUCGCCAUUGUCUGACACCGCGAUAUACGCGUGUUACAAAACGAUGACAUCAAAUGUAUAAAACGGUUACGUUUUAGUGUACGAUAAAAAUUAGAAACAUUUCGCGUAGUUUGCAUCGAAAACAAGAGUAGAAUCGUACAGAAAUGCGUUGGCGGAGAAAAUAAAUCGACGUUUAAUAUGGCGUACAGCUAUAACAUCGAAGAAGUACCGCCCGACGAUGUUCCCUGCGUGGAACAUGAUAUACGGCGUGCUAAAAAGUUUCUUCAAAAACACAGUCCGGAGUCAGGUGAUAGCUUGUACGAUCACUUGACGGAAGUUUUAGCGAAGAUACUCGCCGAGAGGCCAAAGAACGCGGUGGAUAUUUUCGAGGAAUUCAGCAGAAAAGUCAAGGAGGAGAGAUUCAAGACUCAGUCCAAUCAUCUACGAGACGUAUACGUUGCACCGGCGCAGUAUGAGGAUGCGAAAGAGAUCAUCAAGCUGUUCAAGAAUGUUCAGAGUAUCUACGAAGACAAGGGAGAAAAACUCGAGACAGAAGAGGAAGAGGAAGAAGGGGAUAUAAAGAAUAAAAUACCCAACAUGUUGGAUCUUCUAUUUUAUUUCGAACAGACUGGCGUGGGGUUGCCACGGGGACAAAUGGUAUUGCUUAAUUUGUCUAUACGAAAACUCAUGGCCGAGUCUCCUAUAGAAAAUGUCAGAUUUUGGGGAAAGGUACUUGGGAGUCCAAAAAAUUAUUACGUGGUAGAAGCAGACUUGCAAACAGAGGAAUUGAACAGAAGAUUAGAGAGAAUGGCGGAGGAGGAGAAACAGAGGCGUGAAGAGGAGCGAACCAGAGCGGAAGAAAUGGCUAUAGCAGAGAGAGAAGCUGCUGAAAACAUGGAAAGAGAAGCGACGGAGGAAACUGAGGGAGUAGCUGAAGCAACGGAAGAAAAAGAACCGGAAGGUUUGAAGCUCGUCUUUCCGCCUCUACCUACUCAUUCGUGGGUACCACCAACGGAAGUACCGUCGGAGAGAAUCGGAACUGGUGCGAAUACCAAGGUGUAUUUUGUAUGCAACGAGCCCGGUUUGGACAAGUGGAUCGAACUGCCACCGGUUACACCGCAGCAGAUAGUAAUUGCACGACAGAUUGUUCGCUACUGUACAGGAAAUUUGGAAACGCCGUUUCACACUUUCCCACCAUUCCCUGGCACCGAAAAGAAUUAUCUCCGUGCACAAAUAGCCAGGAUUAGUGCGACCACCCAAGUUUCGCCGAUUGGAUUUUUCACUUUUGGCGCCGGAGACGAGGAGGAAGAGUUGAUGGAGGAAGUAGAGGAAGGCGGAGAAUUGUCAGAGAACGUACAUUACGAUCCUUUGCCUAUUAAGGAUUUAAUAGACCCUUCCAUGUCGAACUGGUGUCAUCAUGCACCGUAUCUUUUGAAACAAGGCCGCGUCGUAUGGUGGAAUCCAAAGGCAACACAAGAAGAAGUUAAGGAAGAGGAAGUGGGUGAAGAAGAGGAGGAGGAGACAAGAGCUGGACCCCAGGCAGAGGUUGGUCCACCACUUUUGACACCGCUAUCGGAAGACGCUAUCGUGGAUUCGAUAAUACCGUGGAGAGUCUUGCAAUCUUCUCACGUCCAACUUGACCAGGCAGUUGCGUUAAUUAGAUCAAAUAUUUGGCCUGGCGCAUUCGCGUUCGCCUGUGGAAGGCGUUUCGCUAACGUGUACAUCGGCUGGGGUCACAAAUACAUCACGUACAAUUACAGUCCACCGUCCAUGCCACCUGUGCAAGAUCAGUACAUAAUCGGUCCCGAGAUUAUGGAAAUACAAGAUCCCACCUUCGAACAAGAAGAAGCUUACAGAAUUUCUCAGAUGCCACCUCCGCCAGUUAUACCGAUGGGAGAGGAAGAGGAAGAAGGAGUUGAAGAAGAAGAGGAAGAAGAAGAAGAGGAAGAUUAAGAAGAUGAGCAACCUGGAUAACUACGUUAUCAGUAAGGUUUGGAUCUAAAGGGAUCUAGAUUUACUGGUAAAACAGACGAAAUCGACUGUUGGUACCCUUAUAAUUGACUUAUCUUGAGAGAGAGAAUAAGAUUUCUUACUAUUUAAAUCAGUCUAUGUAAGAAAAUAAUAUUCUAAUGUUGAACACUUCAUGUGAAUACUGCAUAUGAAAAACUAUGAUACUAUAUAUUAUAUAUAUUAUAAUUAAGUUUAGUAUUUAAAAAUUAAUUGAAAAGAUACAUGAUCUUUAAAAGUUUAUAUCUAUCAAA